CUUUUACUUUCACUUUUUCCAUUCCCAAAACACAACCCGAAUCAUGGUCAAACUCAAUAUUCUUACUUCCUCUGUCUUGCUGCUUGCUGGCUUUGCAAAUGCUUUGCCCACACUCGACGAUUGGCUCUCUUCCGAUGCCGAAUUAGCCCCUCUGUUUCACUCUCCUGAAGCCGAGACCAUUAGCGAUUCGUACAUUGUCGUUUUAAAGGACCACGUUGACAUGACUGCUGCUCAGUCGCAUUGCCACUGGGUCAGCAGUUUUGCCAAGCGAGACGAGUCCUUGAUUGAAUAUCUUGACGCCGAUGCUGCGGCUGGUAUCAAGCUGACGUACGACUCACCCGGCUGGCGUGGCUACGCAGGCAAAUUCUCCCCGGAAACACUGCAUCAUAUCCGUAGCUCUCCUGAGGUGGCCUACGUUGAAAAAGAUUCGAUCAUGUAUGCGUCAGAGCUGCAGCGCAACGCACCCUGGGGUCUUUCUCGCAUUGCCCACCGAGGCGAGCUGACGCUUCGGACCUUCAACAAGUACUCCUAUGAUGAAAAUGGCGGCGAGGGUGUCAAGGUCUUUGUCAUCGAUACCGGUAUCAACGUUGAUCAUCACGAUUUCCAUGGCCGCGCAAGCUGGGGCGCCACUUUUGCCAAGGAUGGCGAUACCGACGGCAACGGUCACGGAUCGCACUGUGCCGGUACAAUUUCCGGCCAGCGCUUUGGUGUCGCCAAGAAGGCCAAUCCAGUCGCUGUCAAGGUCUUGAGCGCUCAGGGUUCCGGUAGCAACUCGGAAGUUUUGGCCGGUAUCAACUGGGCUGUGGAGCAGCAUCAGAUUGAUGCCGCCGCUGCCAAGAAGAAUGGCAGCAAGUACAAGGGAGCUGUUGCAAACAUGUCGCUCGGUGGCGGCAAGUCCCGUGCCUUGGAUCAAGCAGUCAACAAUGCUGUUGAUGCUGGAGUUAUCUUUUCCGUUGCUGCUGGCAAUGAUAACCGUGACGCAUGCAAGUACUCGCCUGCUGCUGCUGAGAAUGCCAUCACUGUUGGUGCCACGAACUUGCGUGACGAACGUGCAUACUUCUCAAACUAUGGCGAGUGUGUCGAUGUCUUUGCGCCUGGUCAGGAUAUCAUGUCUGUCUGGAACACCAGCCCCUACAGCACAAUGACCAUCUCUGGUACAUCCAUGGCUGCACCUCACGUUGCUGGUUUGGCUGCCUACUUCUUGAGCUUAGAAGAAGGCGAGAAUGUCACACCGAAAAUGAUCAAGGAUAAGAUCAUUGAGUUUGGCACUUCUGGCAAGCUUGGUAACAUUCCAAGCAAGACGCCCAACUUGAUUGUCUUCAACAACUUCAGCACCGCUUAAGAAUUGUCGCAUUCUUCCGUCGACCAUACAUCUUUCUUUCUUCCCCCAAAUCCCGGCUAUUGAAAGGUUACUUUUCUGUAUACAUUUUGUCCAUUUUUUCCCCUGUACUGUUUUUCUUUUCCUUUCUUUUACUCUUUUGUGUUGAUUUUAAAGUAAGGUACAAUUUCAGAAGAGCCACCGUGUUUGAGACUUUUUCCUUGAGGGGCUUUCUUCUUUUGAACUAUAUAAACGUGUGAAACUCAUCUUUGUCCGUUGCUUUUAUUUUUUCGCUACAUGUUUCAGUGUUGCGAUAUACAAACAAGCGAAUUAGCGU